CGCCACAUUAUCGAUCUAACUGUCAAUGUGAUUGUGCCUAGUAAUAGUGAAAUGAAUUACUUUAUUAAUUAUAUUAUGUUAAUUCUAACGUUCACAGAAAUUGCAAAUUGCUGUUCUACGGAUGAUGACUGUCAAGUAUUUAACACUACUUGCAAUAAAGGCACUUGUGAGUGUCCAUUAGGAUACAUACUAGACUCGGAAGAGAAAGAAUGCUUACCUUAUGUAACUGAAUAUAAUGGAGAAUGCUCAGAAAAUACUCAAUGCGAGUGGUUAGGAGAAAAUAGCGAGUGUGCUAAUGUUUGUAGAUGUAAAAAAGGAUACCGGUGGUACCUUGGAGUCUGCAGAAAAUACGUGGGACUUGGGGAAGACUGCUCUGAAAAUAUCGAUUGUUUCGAUGGCUACAAUCUCCAAUCUCUUAGUUGUUUAAGUGGUAAAUGCGCCUGUAGCGAAGGGUAUUAUCAAAGAGACAAUACUGAUUGUAGAAAAAUUGCUUCAAAAAAGGGCGACCUUUGCGCCUUGGAUAUCGACUGCAAAGCUGAAAAUACAGCCUGUAUACUUGGAAAAUGCAAAGAGCGAAAAUCAUAUUUAACGCUGGAUGAAAACGAGGAAGAAAUCGAAGAAGAAAUCGCGAAGAAGGCCACAGAUGUCAUCACGUGCACAACAAAUGACGAUUGUAAUAAUAUUCCAAACUCUGAAUGUUACGAAAAAACCGGCACUUGUAUUUGCAAAAAACAAUAUUUUUUCAAUGCAGAUGCAACAGCUUGUAUAGCAGAAUUAGGAGUCAAAGCUGAAUGUACAAAAGAUAGUGACUGUCCCCUAAAACCAGGAAAAUGCCAAGAUGGUGUUUGCUAUUGUCGCGAUUAUUAUUUCGUUGCCGAUGGCAAUCAAAAGUGUGUCAAAACCAUAAGUCAGACUAACACCAACUGUCUUUCCAAAGAGUGGUGCUACGCGUGGGGUUCGCGUGUCUACUGCACGUCAAAUGAAACAUGCAGUUGUAGUAAAACUGCAAAAUUUGGUCUAGACAAUGCCUUGUGUAUUUGGAAUGGGAGUGAUGAACCGGAAUGUUCGGCUGAUUAUCAAUGUAACAAUCCAAAAAACAGUUUUUGUGUUGACGAGACGUGUCAGUGUCGUGGUGCAGCUGUUGUAGUAGAUGACCAAUGUCUUCCAGGUCUUGGUGACUCAUGUGACGAGAAAUUUCCUUGUGGAGUAAAGCAUUCUUCUUGCAUUAACAAUGUGUGUCAAUGCUUGGAAGAGUACAUCCAGCAGGAAAAUGCAUGCUAUUCCAUAAUUCACAAUCUGGGAGGUGAGUGUACGUUAGAUGUUCAGUGUUCAACAGGAAUCACAUAUUCGGAAUGUGUUGACGGUAUUUGCAACUGUCAAAGUGAUCGUAUUCCCUAUAAUAACAUAUGUUAUCAAAAGACAGAAUAUGGUGGUUAUUGUAACAGUGAUUUGGAAUGUAAACUUUCAUUAAAUAAAACCUUCGGGGAUUCCAUUCAGUGUCGUAAUCGGAAAUGUCAGUGUCCUACUGGUUAUACAUUGAGCGAAAACAAAUGUUCUUCAAGUGAUAUCGUAGCAGGAAAUUUCCUUGUUGUAACUAUUUUAAUGUUGAAAAGCGUUUUAUCAGUCUUUAGUUAAUUUCCUUUUAUUAUACAAACACAAUAUUUUAUAGAAACAACAUAAAGACAUGUGUACACGUAUUUAAUGUAUAUACGUACUCUGUUUUCUUUUUUAUAUAAAGAUCCAGUUUAGUAUAUAAACAAUUUUUUGAUAUCAAUUAGUCAUUUAAGAUAUUAACAAAGUGUUUGUGUAAAUUAUAAUUACAAGCUGCAGUUAUUUUGCAAUCCACCUUUGAACAAUACACUAUAACAAUUAAGAACAACAUAUCUAUUGGGGAUAAGGUUCCACAGGAGGAGCAUUUAUUUAAUCGCGGGAAUUAUGGCAUGGGCAAAUUUUCCUGCCUAUUGCCGCAAGAUGACGAGAUGGCGCUUGUAAUUAUAAUUCAUUCGACCGGUAUAACGAAAUAAUUCACAAAGUCUUGAGGAGAGGAUGAGUAUCUUUGGUCUGGGUCACUGAUCGCGGCACUGAGCGUCACUAAAAGCAAUAGGUACGUUGGCCCGGGCACGCAGAUGUCGUGGGGGAGGUCGGCACCGCCGAUCCGCGCCCCGGGCAUUCUGGUCACCCGUAGUAAUAGUGGCUAUUGGAGCCGCCGCUGAGACUCCUGGGAACAUCUGUGUCCUGGGGAGGCCUCCGUAGCGUGUGCGAGUGGACGUGGGGAUAUCGCACCACCUCGGCGAUGCUGCCCACAGGCACUACCGAGUGGAUGGCUACCGUCGGCAACGGUGUCGUCAAAUCUAUGUCCGCGUCCACUUCGCUGAUAUCAUCCGUGAACCCAUUGGGUAGCGAAUGGUCGACGUUGGUGGCGUGGAACUUGGCCUCGCGACGGGCACGGUGCCGCUGCACCAGAAGACGGCCCACGAGGACUGUUAGACAAAGGAGGAUGGCGGCGGCGAUGCUCACAAUCAGGUACAGGUAAAACCGCUCUUGGUUCUCUAGAAACCGGCCCUGAGUCAGAAAACGCCGAAAAAGCUCUUGCUUUUGCAUGCGGCGCUAAGGGUGCACAGCAGAGCGGAGGCCACGGGCGGUAGCAGCCAAAGUUUUUACCGAUACUUACGUGAAAUGAACGUGUACGCAUUUAUCCAUUCGGAAAUGAAUCCGACGACUCUAGUUUUCUCUGCAUAGAUCGUGAUCGUGCAGUUGGGAUCUGGGAAAUCGUCGGCUUGCAUGUCUUUAGUAGUUUUCUGCACGGCGGGAACUCGGGAUGGGCGGAACAGGUUAGUACGAGGAGUUGUGUAAGGCUGAAAGGACGCUGCAACCAAAUAUCAGAUCAAGUCGAUUCGAUUUAUUUCGAUGUGAUUGUGUCUUGUGGUGAAGCAUGCGGCGGUGGUCACUCUGUGGAGAUUGUUGUUAAUGGACUCCACCCCUAAUUUGUCCGGCUAUAUACACGACCGCGGACCAUACCGCGGAGCUCCUAUGUCGGUUGCAUUGCACCAAGCCAAACAGCCUCAUCGAAACACCAAGCAAUAUUACAGCCGACAUGCAUUUACAAACUUCUACAACUACACAACAUCGACUUGUGUGACAUUUAAUGUAAUUCUACAAACUCACAUCAAGAUAAUUGAUCACGUAAUUUAUACAAAGCGGGAAUGCGAGGAACGCGAAUUUUAUUUACAAGGUGCCUUUGUGCACUGAUAUUAAGGAACACUCAAAUUUGGCACCGGGACAAAAAUUUUAGCAUGUUACGUUGCUACGCGAUAACGUUACGGUAUAUUUAAUGCACAUUGUACAAGGUGAAACAGAAAAAUGUCAAACUGAUCGUAAAACUCUUAAAUUCAGGCUACAAAACAGCUCUUUUUGUAAGUAGAUUUUAUUAAAUUAUUACGCACUUCUAGAGUGCGUAGUUUUUUAAUAAAUUAGAAUUAAGCAAUUGUGUUCGUUCCACCCUGUAUGAAAAUACAAGAAAUUAAAUAAACGACAGUUUAGUUUUACUCAUUUAACCCUUUCCCACGUCAAAGUCGUGAACAACAUUAUUUACACUUUUGGCGUUGAAAGCAUAACCACAUGAGAGUAAAAAGUAGUAAGCUUCUCAGCGAAAUAUUGGGUUUAUAUUUAUGUUUCUACACAAGUCGAGGUAUUUG